GAUUUUAUAUACCAGGCCAAACUUUGACACACUCGUAAAAACAUUCGAACAUCUUUGGUGGGUGCGCUGCCUUCAUGCUUUGAGUCUGCUGCAAGAUCCAUGAUUUGUCUCAAUGGAGACCCCGAUCCUCUCCCUCCCUAUAAAUCAUUAGGGUUUAACCUAUGGUAAAUGGUAGUAAAUUUCAGAAUUUUGAAGUUUUUCAGUGGCUGAAUGCUGUGGUUCUUCAAUUUUACUGAAUUUUGUCGGCUGAAGAAAAUUUGGGGAAGUGGGUUUUUGAUUGGAUAGAGUGAGGUUGAUUUGGAGGGUUUUAGGGUGUGGUUUAGAUGGCGAGUUCUCCAUUUGAGGUGGAGGAUACAGACGAGGAUUUCUUUGACAGAUUGGUUAAUGAUGACAUUGACUUUACUGAAUCUGUGCAUAAACCGGUAGAGAAGAAAGAGUUUGUUGAUGACAAAGCUUUUUCGAAAUUGAGUAUUUCAGAAGUAGGUCCCGUGGGAGUAGUAGACACGGGCGGCAAUGCUAGUCUUGGGGUUAACGGUGAAUUGGGUCAUGAAGAUGGGGCUGUGGUGGAACAGUUAGGUGUCAGUCAGGUCCCUGCAGUUGUUAAAGAAGGUGAGUCGAUGAAACCUGAUUCUAGAAAUGAGGCCAGUACAUCGGAUGAUAUAGCCGAUAAUAGAAAUGGGGUUAGUCUAUUGGAUGAUAGAGUCGAUAUUAGAAAUGCGGCUGGUGCAUGGGAUGAUAUGGCUGAUAAUAUAAAUGAGGCUAGUGCAUUGGAGGAUAAAGCAAGUAAUACAAAUGAGGCUAAGGCAUUGGAAGAUAAAGGGAAGGAAGGUUCAGUGAAUGGGACGGUGAAUACAAGUUUGGCAUCAGUGGGAUCAGGAAUGAAAGUAGCUCAAUGGAGUUCGUUUAACUCGGAUUUGAAUCCUUCUUGUGAAUUUGGAGAUGUCUCAGGGGACCCAUUUGCAAAUUUGGGUGAUAUAGACAAAUCGUGGGCCGAGUCUAAUGUCACUGAUAGUGCUUUGGAGAACUCAGUUCCUGAUUUAGGUGUUUCUAGUUAUGGGCAGCACCAAGAAGGUCAGCGCUAUGGGGUUGUUGAGGGACAAAAUUUAGGUGGGCAGCACUUGAAUACAAGUUUGGCAUCAGUGGGAUCAGGAGUGCAAGUAGCUCAAUGGAGUUUGUUUAACUCGGAUUUGAAUCCUUCUGGUGAAUUUGGAGAUAUCUCAGGGGACCCAUUUGCAAAUUUGGGUGAUACAGACAAAUCGUGGGCCGAGUCUAAUGUCACUGAUAGUGCUUUGGAGAACUCAGUUCCUGAUUUAGGUGUUUCUAGUUAUGGGCAGCACCAAGAAGGUCAGCGCUAUGGGGUUGUUGAGGGACAAAAUUUAGAUGGGCAGGACUUGAAUACGAGCUUGGCAUCAGUGGGAUCAGGUGUGAAAGAAGUUCAAUGGACUUCGUUUAACUCAGAUUUCGAUCCUUCUGGUGACUUUCAAGAUUUCUCCGGAGACCCAUUUGCAAAUUUGGGUAAUACAGACCAAUCCUGGGCCACUUCUAAUGUCACUGAUGGUGCCUUGGAGAGCUCAGUUGCUAGUGUUUCUAGUUAUGGGCAGCAACAAGGAGGUCAACACUACGGGGCUGUUGAGGAACAAAGUACAGAUGGGCAGGAGGAGUUAAAUAGUAGCCAGAAUUGGGAUAACCUUUAUCCGGGAUGGAGGUAUGAUCCAAAUACUGGGCAAUGGUAUCAAUUGGAGGGUUAUGAUGUGAAUGCAAAUACAAGUGCAGAUUUGAACAUUAAUGCAAAUGUUCAGGAAAGUGUAAAUGUGAAUUCUCAAACUGCAGACAAUCUUUUUUCAGACCAGAAAGCAGAUGUUUAUUAUUUACAGCAACAAGCGCAGUCUGUUUCUCAAAAUGUGGCUCUGGGUUCUGAAACUAGCGCUGUUUCUGGCUGGAACCAACAUUCUAACGGGAGCACAGUCUACCCUGCACAUAUGGUUUUUGAUCCACAAUACCCUGGGUGGUACUAUGACACAAUAACCCAACAAUGGAAGCAGUUGGAGUCUUCCACUCCAGCUUUUGACCAGUCAACAAGUGUGGAGUAUAAUCAGCAAUAUCACAAUUUAAACGUGGAGAAUCAUGGUUCAGAUGUUUCAAACUUGGAUGGCUCUAUGAGAACCUACAAUCAGCAAAAUGUGAGCAUGUGGGAUAAUCAGAAAGUUUCCGCAAGUGACACUAUUAGUGUUACUGAGACACAGCAGUACGCAACCCAGUAUUUCUCAACCGGGCAUGUAACCAAUUCUGUGAAUCAACAAAUAGGGUUCAAUCCUUCUGGAUCCGUUGCUCUUAAUCAACCGGCAAGUCAUGGCUACAAUUUAAGUAGUGGGGUUCGAGGGUUUGAAAGCUUUAAUCCUGCUGGAAACUUAUCUCAUCAUCAUCAUCAAGCUAAGGAGCCAAACCAAGUGACACGCUUCUCACCUGCCAACUUUGAUAGUCACAAGCCAGUACAAUUUUUACAGCAACCAAUUGAAAGGGGAGCUCAGUUUUCUCAUGAGGCAAGUGUGGGAUGGUCAUCUGCAGGACGUCCUCCACAUGCUCUAGUUACAUUUGGAUUUGGUGGGAAACUUAUAACCAUGAAAGAUAAUAGCAACAUAUAUGGAAGCCAGGACUCUGUAGGAAGUUCGAUUAAUGUUCUCAAUCUGAUGGAAGUUGUUGUCGUGGACAAAACUGAUAUUGCAAGCUUUGGAAAUGAUGGUUGUGCUUAUUUCCAUGCAUUGUGCCAACAGUCGUACCCUGGCCCUUUGGUUGGGGGGAGUGUUGGAAGUAGCGAAGUAAAUAAAUGGAUAGACGACAAGAUUGCAAACUGUGUAACUCCUUAUAUGGAUAUCAGAAAAAGGGACCAUUCGAGGUUGCUUUUCUCUUUACUAAAAAUAGGAUGCCAAUAUUAUGGAAAACUUCGAUCUCCCUUUGGCACUGAUGUAGCAUUGAAGGAAUCUGAUAGUCCGGAGUCUGCCGUUGCCAAGCUUUUUGCCUCUGCUAAGAGAAGCAAUGAGUAUGGUGCUCUUAUGUUACAGAACUUGCCUUCUGAAGCACAAAGUCAAGCGACUGCUCUUGAGGUACAAAAUCUUCUUGUCUCUGGUAGGAAGAAAGAGGCUUUACAAUGUGCACAGAAUGGUCAAUUGUGGGGUCCAGCACUUGUCAUUGCAUCGCAGCUUGGUGAACAGUUUUAUGGCGAUACUGUGAAGCUUAUGGCGCUAAACCAGUUAGCAGCAGGAUCACCAUUGCGGACUUUGUGCUUAUUAAUUGCUAGGCAGCCUGCAGACGUGUUUUCCAAUGCCACUACAGAUAGCAGCCUACAUAAUUCUAUGAAUGUAUCACAAGAUUCACAACAGCACACACAGAUUGGAGCCAAUUCCAUGUUGGAUGAAUGGGAAGAGAAUUUAGCCAUCUUAACUGCUAACAGAACAAAAGAUGAUGAGCUUGUUAUCAUCCAUCUUGGAGAUUGCCUAUGGAAAGAAAGGGGACAGAACACUCCUGCACACAUAUGUUAUUUGGUUGCAGAAGCCAAUUUUGAGGCAUAUUCAGACAGUGCUAGACUGUGUCUUAUUGGUGCAGAUCACUUGAAAUAUCCACGAACAUACGCCAGUCCUGAGGCUAUCCAGAGGACAGAAUUAUACGAAUACUCAAGGGUUCUUGGAAAUUCUCAGUUUCUCCUACUACCUUUUCAGCCGUAUAAGCUUGUUUAUGCCCACAUGUUGGCAGAAGUUGGAAAAGUUGCAGAUGCUUUGAAAUACUGUCAAGCAAUUUUAAAGUCUUUGAAAUAUGGUCGAGCACCCGAACUGGACACAUGGAGACAGUUAGUGUCAUUGCUAGAGGAGCGGAUAAGAGCCCAUCAGCAGGGUGGUUACAGUACAAAUUCAACUCCGACCAAACUGAUGGGUAAAUUGCUUACAUUAUUUGAUAAUACUGCUCAUCGUGUUGUUGGAGGCCUGCCUCCACCUGCACCCUCAACAUCACAAGUCAUUGCCCAACGUAAUGAGCAUGCUCAACAACCAGGAGGCCCAAGUCUAUCCAAUAAUCAAUCAACAAUGGCUAUGCCUUCGUUUAUGCCAGGCCCAAGUCUACCCAAUAGUCAAUCAACAAUGGUUGUGUCUUCGUUUACGCCAGGACCUAGUGUGCCCAACAGUCAAUCAACAAUGGCCGUACCAGGGCCAAGUGUACUUAAUAGUCAAUCAACAAUGGCCGUGUCUUCGUUUAUACCAGAACCAAGUGUACCCAAUAGUCAAUCAACAAUGGCUAUGUCUCCCUUAAUGCCUUCAGCAUCAAUGGAGCCAAUAAGCGAAUGGACUGCCGAGAACAAUCAACUGGAUGUGCCCAAUAGAAGCAUAUCAGAACCAGACUUUGGGAGAAGCCCAAGUAAGGUUGAUUCAUCCAAGAAAGUGGAAUCUUCUAAACCGCAAGAAAAUGCAUCAACAUCUACCAGGUCAUCUCGUUUUGGUUUUGGCAUAUUUCAGAAGACUCUGGGGUUUGUGAAAAGAUCUCGACAGGCUAAAUUGGGUGAAAAGAAUAAAUUUUACUAUGAUGAGAAACUUAAGCAAUGGGUUGAAGAAGGUGUUGAACCUCCAGCCAAGGAAGCAGUUUUGCCACCUCCACCACCGACUGCAGCCUUUCCGAAUAGAAUGCAAGAUUACAAUGUAAAUGAUGCACUGGAAACCAAAAGUUUCCCUGCAGUUAAUGGGCCACAAAUCCCAAGCCUGGUGUCCCCUGAACUGAGUUCUGGAAUAGCACCCAUUCCACCCAGUUCCAACCAGUUCUCUGCACGUGGACGUACGGGCGUUCGCUCAAGGUAUGUUGAUACAUUCAACAAGGGCGGCGGGACGCCAGCAAACCUAUUUCAGUCACCAUCUCUUCCAUAUGCUAAACCUGGGGGUGGUCCCAAACCCAAUAUUUUCGUCCCUGCUCCAGUAACUUCCUAUGAAGAGACAGUUCAAACACCGGGAGAAAGCACACAUGAACCUACGGUGACCAACAACAAUCCCCCAAAAUCAUUUGAGAGUGCAUUUUCCACUUCGCAAACGUCAACAUUGUCUUCAAUGACUAUGCAGCGGUUUCCCAGCAUGGAUAACAUUGUACAAAAGAGAGCCGGGGAUAUGGGAAAUGGUAAUAGCUAUGAGCCCCAUGAAUCCCGCCGCGUAGCAUCGUGGAGUGGAAGCCUUAACCAUGCUAGCAAUCCUUCUAUGAGGAAUGAAAUAAAGCCUCUAGGACAAUCGCUCGGUAUUUCUCCACCAUCACGCAUACACAGCGGUGCGCAACCACCGAUGCAGUUUCCAAGUAGUGGUGGCAGUUUUGGAGACGGCCUUCAAGAAGUUGAACUCUGAGGUGUAGGGAAUAGUUGUAAAUCUAUAGAGCGUUGCGUUAUAGGGGGGGCGUUGCCACCGGAUCCUUGUGCACGUAUGGUGAUGGCGCAGAUGGGAGUUCAGGUUUUUGGUGAAGUCCCUUUGCCCCCAUUAGAGGAAGUUACACAUAUACCUGAAACCAGCAAUCAGUUUGCGAUGAGGAAAACACAGUAAGCAGCCGUUGUACCAAUUUUUCGAAGGGAAUGUCUCGUAGCGUAACGUAAUUGCGUAUAUUAGAUAUACCAUUACUCCCUUUGAUGGAUGUUAUUAAGAAUUUUGCCAAAUCAAUAAUCCUUGCAGGCGAGAACCUACGUUGUUAAAUUUUUUUUUUUUUCGUUCAAAAAAAAAGUUGUAUUAGCCAUCCAUAUGUGUUAAAACAAUUAAAGAUUAUGAUAACAAUUAAUAUAUUCAUGAUGAACCAUCAA